CUCCCACAUCAUCAUCAUUUAGCCAUUUGCAGAUAUUGAGGUUCUUGUACUAGAAAAAACACUUUUAUCAGUAGAAUUGUUGUAAAAUUGUUGCGAUAGGUGUCACCAUAUGUAACAAUGCAUUCCAAAGAAACCCAACCCCAUAUUGAGCUUACUGUCAAUGCAUCCAUUGUCGCAGCUGAAACACAUGGACAUGGUUAUGGCAUCCUUAUGAUGAUCAAGGCUGUGAUAUCGACCAUCUUAGCCAAAUUUCAUUCCGGUUACUUCAGAAUAAGCCUCUCUCUUUCUAGCCAAGCCUUGCUAUGGAAGACACUAGGCGAGCCAACAGAUGAUGCGCAUGCUUUUCGACGCGUUCUUAGCAUGUUACCCUCCGCAGCUUUCACUCUUCUAUGGUCACUUGCCUUGUUCACACUUGUCACACUCUCCAUUCUCUACGUCCUCAAGUGUUUGUUACAGUUUGAUGCAGUGAAAGAAGAGUUCUUGCACCACGUAGGAGUGAACUACUUGUUUGCUCCAUGGAUUUCUUGGCUUCUCUUGCUUCAAUCAUCGCCAUUCUUUACUCCAAACACCACGAAUUAUUUAGUGCUUUGGUGGGUUUUUGUCAUCCCAAUAGUGGCACUUGAUGUCAAGAUUUAUGGCCAAUGGUUCACCAAAGGAAAGCGGUUUCUUUCCACCGUCGCGAAUCCAGCGAGCCAGUUGUCAGUGAUCGGAAACUUGAUUGGUGCACGCGCAGCUGCUCAGAUGGGAUGGAAAGAGAGUGCCAUCUUCUUGUUCUCGUUGGGGAUGAUACAUUAUUUAGUACUCUUUGUCACACUUUAUCAAAGGUUAUCUGGUAGUAAUAACCUUCCGGUGAUACUCAGGCCAGUUCUUUUCUUGUUCUUCGCGGCUCCCAGCAUGGCAAGCUUAGCUUGGGACUCCAUCUCUGGGAACUUCGAUAAAUCGUCGAAGAUGCUCUUCUUUCUUUCACUUUUCCUCUUCAUGUCCCUGGUGUGUAGGCCAACCCUAUACAGGAAAUCGAUGAGGAAGUUCAAUGUAGCAUGGUGGGCUUAUUCCUUCCCUUUAACAGUACUAGCAAUUGCUUCAAUAGGAUAUGCACAGGAGGUGAAAAGCAGCGAAGCUCGUGUGCUAAUGAUCGUGCUAUCGGCACUCUCAGCUCUGGUGUGCCUUGUUUUAAUGCUAUUCACUGCACUUAACACUCACAUAUUUUUCUAGCUACCAAGCGAUGAUACCAUUACAUGUAAGUCCCACCGGUGGCUAGUUCGUCAUUAAUUACACACACACACACACGUGUAAAAGUUCAAACAAAACAGCACAUUCACAAUAUUGUUCUAGGAGAAAUCAUACCGAGUCGACAACCUAAUGUCCAUCUAUUAGUAUAUUGAAAUUUGAAACGAAAGUUGU